AUGCUUGACGAUAUCAGGCCAGAUUGGAGACGUAAUAAGGCAUUACAAGCGAAAUCUGUACCAAUCGACUAUAAUCAAUCUCUACGAUAUACAGAUCAUGAUUAUUGGACUCCAAUAGGAAUUAAUAAGAACGAUUUUGAAAGCAUUUAUAAUCAAAUUUGUAUGCGAAAUACUCUCAAUCGUUCCAUUCAAAUGGCAGUUGGCUGUCUUCUAACAAAACUCAGAUUGGGUCCGAGUAAUGAUGUUUUAGCAACUCUUUUCUCAUUUAGUAGCAAACGUAUUGUUGGAAAGGUUAUAGAAAGUGCUCGGCAAUCAUUAGUUAAGCAUUUCGUACCUAAGUACCUGGGUUUUCAACAUAUCUGUCGAGAGAUAACAAUCCAAAAUCAUCCAAGAACAUUGGCUAAAUAUCUUCUCACUGGCGGUAGAAAUUCAGCCGUUCUUAUUUUAUAUGGAACCUAUCUAUAUAGUCAAAAGAGUGCGUGUAAUCUACUACAACGUAGAUUGUUCAGCAUGCAUAAAUCACGUCCACUCAUAAAACCUACGAUGUAUGUUGCUACAGAUGGGUACAUAUGUUGUACUAUUGGCCCAUAUUUUACUGAUUGGCAGAAUAAUGAUGCUAAUAUUAUGCAGCAUAUUCUUCAUACUAAUGAGAAGGAAAUAUUAAGUUGGCUUAAGUAG